AUGUCUCAACUUUCGAAGCGAGGGUUGUUGCACAUUGCACAAGCGAUGCAUGCAUCCCGUGCAAUGCACCAACAUACGAAGCCUAAUCUUAAAGAUUUAAAUAAAAGGGCAUCUGAUGUGGUUGAUCAUCUCGGGUUUAUCAAAGUUGACGCGAUAUCAUGCUAUCCCACAUUGAAAAAGGACAACAAUGGAGACAGACCCGAUGAUUCGCAAUCGCCGACCUCAUUCCGACACUGUGUUGAUGCCAAGUUUUCAGAUUUGGUCAGCAGGGAGAAUUUCUGGCCGGAACAUAUGCGGACACAUCAGAAAAAAAAUUCAAAAAAUUCCAUCCCGAUCAGACGCGUCAGUCAGUUAACAGCUCUGGGCGCCAUGUUCUGUAGUUUUAUCACAUCGAAUACGUUUGUCACGCCAUAA